UGGCUGCCGGCUCCCCACACAUCAGUGUCUUCAAGGCCCUGGAUUCACACGUGCAGGUGCCCCUCUGACGCGCCCCUGCUCCGCUGUCUUCUGGCUUCAAGACUCAGCUGACCUCUCUCCUUCUCUGGGGGUGUCCUCCCCACCUCCCCGGACGCCUGUGGGCUCGCUCUCCGGGCCUCCGCUCUGUGCCUGGUGGAGGGGGCAGGGAUUCCUCAUGCCAGCUCCCUACUUCCUGGAGGGCGAACACCCCGGCUGAGUCAUCCCCGCACUCCCGCUGCCGUCUCGGGGUCCCACGCGGUGCUCAGUAGCUGCGGGAGGAACCGGCGAGUCGGGCUGGGAGGAGAAGCCGGCCAUCCGCCCGCCUCUCCCGUCAUCAGGCUGCAGCCCCGUCCCUGCAUGAAUGCUGCUUUUGUAUUUGUCCUCCCCGGGGAUGUUGCUGGGUGGGGUGUGCUGGUUUGGGAGGGGGAUCCCGACUCUGGUCCUGCUGACCCCUAAGGCUCUGGGGCCCUGGGUCAGCCGCUGCCACUGGCUGAGUCGCAGGCAGAGGUUGUGCUGAGUGACUUGAAGUUCCCUUCUGGGUCUGGUGUUCACGGGGCCCACUUUCCCAGGUCCCUGUCUGAGCUUCUGGAGGCUUAGAAUCUGUGUUUCCAACCCAGCGACAGAAGACCUGCCGAGGAGGGAGCGUGAGACAUAUUUUCUGUGAAUCCAAGGGCCAGGCCAGCCCCAGACUUAGGCCCUGUCUAAGGAGUUGCUGGGGACCCAUAAUGCCACUUGGGGGGCCCAGCUCUGCCUUUCCUCGAGUCGUGACCUCUCUGAGGGCCAAAGAGUCGGUGGGAGCCGGGAGAAUGGGCCUCCUGGAGAUGGUCCCUCUUCCAGCCACAGCCGAGGUACCUGGGACCCUGGGAUUCUGUGCCCAGAUGGCCCGAGCUAGCUUCCAGGGCCUGAGAAACCUAUUCUCUGGGUCUGUCCUCCCAGAGUGGGCUGUGCAGCCAGUGUGUGCCCCUGCAGCCCGGGGUCUGGCCGAGGGAGGUUACAGAUGGGUGCACAGGGGAAUGGAGCUGGGGUCCAUGCCGGUGUCCACGCGUGUGUGUGCAAGGCCGCUCGGGGUCCAGGCCGGGGCUGUGGAGGGAAGAGAGAGCGGGGGUUUGGGGGCAUCCACUUGUCCUCGAAUCCGGGGCUCUCCCCGUGUUUGGGGGAGGCAAGGGUGAGUUCCGGGCACAGAGGAGCCCCAGCAGGGGUGAACGAGGAAGGGCUGGGGUGCUGGAAAGGGAGUUAUGGGAGGCCAGAGGUCAGGCUGGGUCUCUCCUGGGGUCACAUCUGGCUUCUGGGUUGAGCGUUGAGGCCAGGAUACCCGGAAAUCACGGGCAACAAUGCACACUUUUCUGGGGAGGGUGGCCGGAGCCUUCUCCGGCUCCCGGAGGGAUCAGCGGCCCAGGCCAGCGUCAGUACCAGCGGCCUGGAAGCCCCAUGUGUUGGAGCUGGGCCUCUGUGGGCAGUGUGUUUCUCAGAGCCAACGGCCUCCCUUCCCACAAGCGUUUGUCCUCCUCCCAGACGGGGCCUGGUGGGAAGAUAAUUAAAAGUGACCCAGCACUGCAGAGUUGUGCAAAUUGCGGGAUUAGCGGGGCAUUAGCGGGAAGCCUCACAAAAGGGCCACCCUGGCCCUGCCACCCCUCCCAGCCCCCAAACCCCAGCUCAGCACAUAAAGCCGAACGGUGGUGAGCCGGUGGGGAGGUGAUCUUAAUCCUGACGAAGUAUUACCAUGCAGACAUGGGGAAGGUUCUGGAAAGUUCUCUGUGGCGGUCAUCGGACUUCGGGACGUCCUACACCAAGCUUACCCUUCAGCCUGGCAUCACUACCGUCAUCGACAACUUCUACAUCUGCCCGACCAACAAGAGAAAGAUCAUCCUCGUGAGCUCCUCUCUCAGCGACCGGGACCAGAGCCUGUUCCUUAGCACAGACGAGGGCGCCACCUUCCAGAAGCAGCUCAUCCCCUUCUCCGUGGAAACGUUCAUCUUCCACCCCCGGAUAGAGGACAAGGUGCUGGCCUACACCCGGGAGGGCAAGCUCUACGUAUCGUCGGACCUGGGGAAGAAGUGGACCCUUCUGCAGGAGCGAGUGACCAAAGACCAUGUGUUCUGGGCUGUCUCUGGAGUGGAUGCUGACCCAGACCUGGUCCACGUGGAGGCCCAAGAGCUCGGAGGAGGUUAUCGGUACGUCACCUGCCAGGUCCACAAUUGCUCCGAGAAGACGCUGACAGUGCCGUUCGCGGGCCCCAUUGACCACAGUUCUCUGACCGUGCAGGACAAUUACAUCUUCGUUAAGGCAACCUCAACAAACCAGACCAAAUACUACAUCUCUUAUCGUCGCAAUGAAUUUGUCCCGAUGAAGCUGCCGAAGUAUGCGUUGCCAAAGGAUCUGCAGGUCAUCAGCACAGACGAGAGCCAGGUGUUCGUGGCCGUGCAGGAGUGGUACCAGACCGACACCUACAACCUCUACCAGUCGGACCCGCGCGGCGUACGCUACUCGCUGGUGCUGGGGGACGUGCGCAGCUCGCGGCAGGCGGAGGAGAGCGUGGUCAUCGACAUCCUCGAGGUCCGAGGGGUGAAAGGAGUCUUUCUGGCGAACCAAAAAGUCGACGGGAAGGUGGUGACGCUUAUAACCUACAGCAAGGGCCGAGACUGGGAUUACCUGAGGCCUCCCAGCACAGACAUGAACGGGAAACCAACCAACUGCAAGCCCCCGGACUGCCACCUGCACCUGCACCUGCGCUGGGCCGACAACCCCUACGUGUCAGGCACUGUGCACACCAAGGACACCGCCCCCGGCCUCAUCAUGGGCGCAGGUAACCUGGGCUCCCAGCUUGUGGAAUAUAAAGAAGAAAUGUACAUCACAUCAGACUGUGGGCACACCUGGAGGCAGGUAUUUCAGGAGGAGCAUCACAUCCUCUACCUGGACCACGGUGGCGUGAUCGUGGCCAUCAAGGACACCUCCAUCCCCUUGAAAAUCCUCAAGUUCAGUGUGGACGAGGGCCUCACCUGGAGCAUGCACAAUUUCACCAGCACCUCCGUGUUUGUGGAUGGGCUGCUGAGUGAGCCGGGGGACGAGACGCUGGUCAUGACCGUCUUCGGCCACAUCAGCUUCCGCUCAGACUGGGAGCUGGUCAAGGUGGACUUCCGGCCCUGGUUCUCCAGGCAGUGCGGCGAGGAAGACUACAGCUCCUGGAACCUCACCAACCUGCAGGGCGACCGCUGCGUCCUGGGCCAGCAGAGGAGUUUCCGGAGGAGGAAGCCUACGUCCUGGUGCAUCAAGGGUCGGAGCUUCACGGCGGCGCUCACGGCCCGCGUGUGCCAGUGCCGUGACUCAGACUUUCUCUGUGACUACGGAUUUGAGCGCACCCCCUCCUCCGAGUCCGACGCCAACAAGUGCUUUGCCAACUUCUGGUUUAACCCCCUGUCCCCGCCUGACGACUGUGUCCUGGGCCAGACCUACACCAGCAGUCUCGGGUACCGGAAGGUGGUGUCCAACGUGUGCGAGGGCGGCGUGGACCCGCAGCAGAGCCCGGCGCAGCUGCAGUGCCCCCUCCUGCCGCCGCGGGGCCUGCAGGUCAGCAUCCUCGGCGAGGCGUUGGCCGUGCGGCCGGGGGAGGACGUGCUGUUCGUGGUACGGCAGGAACAGGGCGAUGUCCUGACCACCAAGUACCAGGUGGACCUGGGGGACGGCUUCAAGGCCAUGUACGUGAACCUCACGUUGACCGGGGAGCCCAUCCGGCACCGCUAUGAGAACCCUGGCGUCUACCGCGUGUCUGUCAGGGCGGAGAACAUGGCGGGACACGACGAAGCCGUGCUGUUUGUCCAGGUCAACUCCCCCUUGCAGGCACUCUACCUCGAAGUGGUUCCUAUCAUUGGCAUCAACCAGGAGGUGACCCUCACAGCUGUGCUGCUGCCCUUGAACCCCAACCUCACCGUCUUCUACUGGUGGAUUGGUCACAGCCUGCAGCCCCUGCUGUCCCUGGAGAACUCUGUGACAACGCGGUUUGGGGACACAGGGGACGUGCGCGUGACGGUGCAGGCUGCCUGCGGGACCUCCGUGCUGCAGGACUCCAAGGUGGUCCGCGUGCUGGAUCGAUUUCAGGUCAUGCCUCUGCAGUUUUCCAAGGACCUGGACGCUCACAACCCCAACACCCCCGAGUGGAGGGAGGACAUUGGCCUCGUGGUGUCCCGGCUCCUCUCCAAGGAGACCAGCAUCCCCGAGGAGCUGCUGGUGACCGUUGUAAAGCCAGGGCUGCCCACCUUGGCCGACCUGCACGUGCUUCUGCCCCCUCCCAGGCCCACGAGGAAGAGGAGCCUCACAAGUGACAAGAGGCUCGUGGCCAUCCAGCAGGUGCUGAAUGCACAGAAGAUUAGCUUCCUCCUGCGUGGUGGCGUCCGGGUGCUGGUGGCCAUGAGGAACGUGGACACAGAUUCUCCAAGCCUGGGAGGAGGUGGCGGCUACUGGGCGGUGGCAGUCGUCCUCAUAGGGCUGUUCGCGGUGGGAGCUUUCAUCCUCUACAAGUUCAAAAGGAAACGCCCCGGCAGGACCGUGUACGCCCAGAUGCACAAUGAGAAGGAACAGGAAAUGACAAGCCCUGUGAGCCACAGCCAGGACGUGCAGAGUGCCAUCCAGGGUGAGGAGUUUAUAGAUGAUGAGCUCCACUCACAGACACUAGGGAAUCACUCCGGCGUGGUCCUGAGCGUCAACUCCCGAGAGAUGCACAGCUACCUGGUGGGCUGAUGCCGCUGGAGGCCGCGCCCAGAGCUCUAUCCUCUCCGCCGCUUCAUCCCCUGUGGAGGGCACAGGACCACACGUGCCACCGGCACGGGGCUGGGACCGGCGUCCCCUCAGAGACCUUGGAAAAGCCUCCUUCUCCAGCUGUGUCCACGCAAGACGACAGAUGCACCUCUGUCCAGCUCAAGCCCGCCCAGCCCACGGCCGCCCAGGAAACCCGCCAGCUCCUGCCUCCCCGGACACCAGGCCCACGUGCCGCCCGCUGCGCCACCCGCCCUCCCAGACUCUGGGCACUUCUCUGGACCUCACACGGCCGCCCUGGCUGCCCACGGCUGGUCACCGCAGCCGGGCCUGACUUCUCGUGGCCAAGGCUGGUCCCCCAGAGGCUGGGAGAGGCCGGGCUCUCAGCACCGCAGACCCGCCCCAUCACCUGUGCCGCGGGCUCCCGUCCCAGCAGAGGGACAGCGGGGCCCUGCUUCCUUCCUCAUUACCUCCAGGAAGGCAGCUCCCACCGCAGGGCCGUCCCUCUGCAGGGGUGUCCACCGCCCCGCCAGAAUCCAGAAAGCCAGUGGCAGGCCCCCCAGUACCGCCUUCCGCACCUGCCGCUGUCCUUCCUCUUUUUAAACUGCAGGUAAUGUAAAUACCUCUCUAGGUAGCUGUUUGCGUUUGGGGGGGGGGAGGGGAGUGUUCAACUUCCUAUUUUUAUUGCCAGGCAGUGGCCCCAUUCUCGGGAACCCCUUCCCCAGAAUGCCCAGGGAUGCUCCUCUGCCCCUUCUGGCAGCCUUCUCUCCUGGGGCCCACAAGGCAAAGGCUCUCCCUGGCUUCCCCCCCGCCCCAGCUCGCCCCAGCCCGACACAGGGUCCUAGGGAUCCAGCGCCUGCACUUCCGAAGGAAGCCAGCAGGCGGCGCCCUCGCACGGGGGUUCCCGCCUGCGGGAUCCCGUCUUAGUGGCCACGGUGGGAACGGCCUCUAGAUGCCCAGAGUGUUCGGUGCUUCCGCAUAGCCUGAGGGACGCACUUAGGAACCGGGAACCAGGCGGGGUUUCGAAUGGCAGAGCCCGAAGGGCCGCCAAGUAGUGUGCUCCUCGUUUUGAAGAUGGAGAAACUGAGGCCCAGAGAGGGAGUGAUUUUCCCAAGGUCACACAGCAAGACGGCAGCAGAGGUGCCCAGGAGCCAGCCCCCCCUGCUCCCCGUGCAGUGUGAUUCCACUCGCUCACAGAUGCCUAGAAUCAGGGACACUAGGGAUAUAUGGGGGCAGAUUUUCACCUUUUGCCUUGAAACUGGAAAUCAGUACCCCCUCCCCAUCCUCUCCCUCCUCCCCCUACCCACCCCGCAGGCUGGGCUCUCAGGUGGCCGGGGCCUUCCCCUCAGAGGCGGGGACAUCACAGCCCAGGCUAGGAACUCGCUGGCCGUGGGAAGUCCGGAAUGAAGCCUGGGGGGCAUUAGCCCACUUGCCCAGAAAAGAAACAUGGCCUGCGGGAGGGAGACCAGGGAUGCACCCUCACACCCAGAACACGUGGGAGGCCCUGAAUCCUUGUGGAGUGGGGGACCUCUGGAGUCCAGCUCCUUGUGUCACAAACGGGGACUCAGACCACCCGAAACCAGCUCAGAAGGGGUCACUGCAGGUCACGGGGCAGGCGACAGAGGCAUCCCUCUCCCCACCCUGCCGGCCCACCGCCUGGAGCUCCUGGCCCAGCCCGGCAGAGCUCGCCCUGCAAGCCGUCCUCAAGACCCUCCUCGGGGAAGGGCUGGGGCAGCGGACCCCAGACUGGAGCUGGGGGGCUGUGUGGGAGAGGCUGGGUUCUCCGCAGCCUGCCCGAGGUCGCCAAAGACGGCUUAGGAACCCUGUGUCUUGCUGUCCACCCGCACCCGGCCCGUCCUGUGAGUGUCAGAACCAGGGUCAGACAUGUGUCAGCACUGUCCAGGUCCAAGGUCAAGGUCAGCAAGGACACAGCCCCCAGCUCAGCAGUGCCUGCGGGUGACGAGCCCUUUGCCCCCCCCUUGACCCUCAGCUUCAUUCUCUCUGUCAGGGUAGGGUUUUCGCUUUCGCUAUUUGUGUUUUUCAUGUAUUUUAUGUCAUUAUUUCUAUUAAGAGCAUUUUGGGUGUGUGGACCCAAGAACCUGGGAAUAAGUCGGCACCUAUAUCCUGAUACUUUCCUAUUCCCGUAAUCAUAUCAAUCACCACAUAGGUCUAUGGAUUUAUCUGGUUCUACGUUUGAGGUUCUGUGUAUUUGAUGUACAGGUACACACGCCGGCACCUGGGAAUAACGGGCUGGGCUUGGGCAGCUAACGUUUCAUUCAACAGGGUUGAGCCCAUACUUCAUAUAUGCACAUAACAGAGAUGCGAUCGAUUCUUUCUUAUUUUUCCUUUUUAAAAAACAAUAAACCAUUUGUGAUGCUUUUAACAAAGA